CUAUCAAAAAGUGUGACAGAAAUAUGAUAGCAAACAUGUCAUCAUCCUCCUCCUCCUCAAAAGUAACAUUGAAAAGUUGUUACUCUGUGAGACCAAUGGAACCAACAUGGUAUGGUCGAUUACCAUUAUCCGAAUGGGAUCAAAUUGGAAACAUAACACACGUUUCAACAAUUUACUUUUACCGCCCCCCACAAAAAUGGCUUACCUCCCCCAAUAAAAUCGCCACCACUUUGAAAGACUCAUUGAGCAAAGUCCUUGUGCCGUUUUAUCCACUAGCCGGUCGUUUACAAUGGAAAGAAAGCGGUCGUUUUGAUGUCGAAUGCAACUCAUUGGGUGCUCAAUUCAUCGAAGCAGAAUCGUCGUUAACCUUAUCCGAACUAGGUGACUUUUCACCUUCUUGUGAAUAUUAUCCUUACCUUAUCCCGCACAUCGAUUACACACGCCCAAUUGAAGACAUUCCAUUGGUUAUUGUUCAGCUCACAAAUUUCAAAUGUGGUGGUGCUAGCAUUAGUUUGUUAAUCUCACACGCGGUUGCUGAUGGACCAAGCGCAUUGCAUUUCACUUCUGAGUGGGCACGACUUGCGCGUGGCGAGCCUGUGAGAACAAUGCCAUAUUUUGAUAUAAACGUGUUGUCGUCAAGGUCAAAUGUUAAUGUUAAUGAAUGGGAGUUUAAUGAACCUCCGUUAUUGUUAGGAAAUUCGAAUAAUGUUGAAGAAAGGAAGAAAAAAACAACGGUGGCUAUGCUAAAAGUGAGUAAAACACAAGUUGAAAAGUUGAGAAAAACAGCAAAUGAAAGUUGGGAAAAACCUAGCAAUGGUCGAGGUUAUACGAGAUAUGAAACCUUAACCGGUCAUGUUUGGAGAAGUGCAAGUAAAGCUAGAGGGCAUGCAAAUGACCAACAAACUUCGCUUGGUGUUUGUGUUGAUUGGAGGAAUCGUGUGGAGCCUAAUUUACCAAAAGGGUAUUUUGGGAAUGGGACUUUGGAUGUUGUGGCUACUAGUCUUGCAGGGGAUUUAAUAUCUAAGCCUUUAGGGUAUGCUUCAAGUAGGAUAAGGGAAGCGAUUGAGAAAGUGAAUGAUGAGUAUGUGAGAAUGGGAAUCGAGUAUUUUAAGAAGCAAGAGGAUUUGACUAAGUUUCAAGAUCUUCAUGCUAAGAUGGGGAGUGAUGAUAAAGGGCCAUUUUAUGGGAAUCCAAAUUUAGGAGUGGUUAGUUGGUUGACAUUGCCAAUUUAUGGACUUGAUUUUGGAUGGGGGAAAGAAGUUUAUAUGGGGCCAGGAACACAUGAUUCAGAUGGAGAUUCUUUGCUUCUUCCUAGUUAUGAUGAUGAUGGAUCUUUGUUGGUUGCUAUUUGUUUGCAAGAGGUUCAUAUGGAUGCAUUCAAGAGGCAUUUUUAUCAAGACAUUGUGUGAUCCAUGGAUGUAUUGACAUGCAGAAACUAAAAAUAAGUUGGGUAAUUCUAGACUUUAUAAAUAACCUAAACAAAAUAAGUAUAAAAUUUAAUUGAAUUAUAUGUAGCAAUGUAAUAUUCAUUUCAUAAGCAUAUGUG